AUGACUCCCCGCUUCACUGAUUCCCCCAAUGCCCGUUCAAAAUCCAUAACCGCAGCUGACCUAGACACCCAUGGUGUCCUCAAUCGCCAUUCCACCAAUCAUCCCACCUUUCGUGUCGGCGUUUCAGAAGACAAGGGUACUCGAAGGACCAUGGAGGACGCUCAUUCAUUCGUUGUCGACUUCGACUCCAUACGUGGUCAAGGCUUCUUCGCUGUAUUUGAUGGUCAUGCUGGGAAACACGCAGCUGAAUGGUGUGGAUCUCACUUCCAUGAGUAUCUACUCGAUGCUAUCCACGCGUCGCCCACCGUCCCAAUUCCAGAUGUUCUAAAUCAAACAUUCCACGCUGUUGACGAGUCUCUAUCUCGUAUGUGCGAAGAAUCCGAAGGCAAGAUCCAUUCAGGGUGCACUGCAGUGACUGCAUUUCUCCGAGUUGAAGACGCGGGAGGGCACCAGCCAUUUCUUACCCCCCCAUCUUCUCCUAUUCCUGAUUCUCCCGUCGAUGAUGCAACCGAGCCCCCAGCCAGUAGCAGCCCUCUAGCAAGCAGUGUGGAGAGUAUAUCUCCCAAAGAUGACAUUGACGGCAAGACGAGUAAGAAAGUUAAGAAAGAGAAGUCAUCGAGCACCAGCCGGAUUCGCAAGGCCCUCCGGAGCUUGGGAGGUGGAUCCCGGCUGUCAUCGUCGUCCAUCUCGGGCUCGUCAUCUCCCAACUCGUCGCUGAAGACAACUGGGGAUAGCCCGAAUAUCACAAUUCCUCCGGCAUCGGGCCGGCGUGUCCUUUACAGUGCUAACGCUGGAGAUGCACGGGGAGUUCUCUGCCGAGCAGGCAAGGCCGUGCGACUAACGUACGACCACAAGGGAUCAGACAGGCAAGAGGCGAAACGGAUCACUGAUGCCGGAGGUUUUGUUAUGAGUGGACGCGUCAACGGUGUCCUUGCUGUUACAAGAAGUCUUGGGGACUCCUCUAUGAAGGAAUUCGUUGUUGGGGCUCCGUAUACGACAGAGACGGAGCUUUGCCAGGAGGAUGAGUUCUUAGUCCUGGCCUGCGAUGGGCUCUGGGAUGUGAUUGGCGAUCAAGCGGCCAUUGAACUAAUCCGCGACAUUGAAGAUGCGCAGCAUGCCAGCGACAAACUGCUGAAACAUGCGCUCUCGCACCAUACUACGGACAAUGUAACUGUUAUCGUUGUGAGGUUCAAACACGCAGCAUAG